AUGGAUAGGAAAGCAAGAAAAGGUCGAAAAAAUUCGGCUGAUAGCCAAAAAGAGAAAACAAGCAAAAAACAAUCAAGAAGCAAGAAAAAAGAAAUAUUAUCAGAUACGACUGACCAGCACGAAGAUCUAAAGGCUCAACUGCUAUCAUCUGCACAAAAAAGACUGUUUCGAGUGAUAGAGGACAGUCCAGACAGUGAAGAGUGUCCGGAUGAACCAAAACCAAGAAGAAAGUAUACCAGAAAGUCAAAUUUGUGGAAAUUGAAUCUGAAACUAAGUCCAACAUCGACUGCAGAUGAAGGUUCAACAUCAACUGUAGAACCGAAAACUGUAAUAGCCAAAAAGGGGAAACGUUUGACAACAGCUUCAAAAGCAAAAAGUUCAAAAAAAGUAACACCUGCAUUUGCAACAAGUUCAGAAGACGAAGACACAACUUUAGAACCGAAAAGUUCAGCUGCAACUUCAGAAGCAAAAAGUUCCAAAAAGGUAACACGUUUGACAAUAUCUUCAGAAUCAGAAAGUUCUGAUGCGGAAAACAGUCAGGAUACAAUUUUAGGACCAAAACGUUCUAGAAGGAUAAAAAGUUCAACAGCUAUGAAACCUAAAAGUUCUAAAAAGGAAAAAAUAUCAACAACUACUCCAGAACCAGAAUGUUUAGAGGAGGAAAACAAUUUCUCAGUUUCAGAAGCAAAAGGCUCUAAAAAGACAAAAAGUUCAACAAAAACUUCAGAACCAAAAAGUGCCAAAAAAGAAACAACUGUAGAUGCAACAAGUUCAGAAGAGGAAGACAGUUCGGUUAUAACUUUAGAACCAAAAAGUUCUAAAAAGACAAGAAGUUCAACAACAACUUUGAAACCAAAAAGUGCCAAAAAAGAAAGAACUGCAGAUGCAACAAGUUCAGAAGAGGAAGACAGUUCGGUAAUAACUUUAGAACCAAAAAGUUCAGAAACAAGAAGUUCCAAAAAGACAAAAAGUUCAAUAACUUCAGAACCAAAAAGUGCCAAAAAAGAAACAACUGCAGAUGCAACAAGUUCAGAAGAGGAAGUUCCAAAAAGUUCUAAAAAGACCAGAAGUUCAACAGCAACUUUGAAACCAAAAAGUUCCAAAAAAGAAACAACUGUAGAUGAAACAAGUUCAGAGAAAGGAAGACAGUUCACUGAUAGCCAAAAAGAGAAAACAAGCAAAAAACAAUCAAGAAGCAAGAAAAAAGAAAUAUUAUCAGAUACGACUGACCAGCACGAAGAUCUAAAGGCUCAACUGCUAUCAUCUGCUCAAAAAAGACUGUUUCGAGUGAUAGAGGACAGUCCAGACAGUGAAGAGUGUCCGGAUGAACCAAAACCAAGAAGAAAGUAUACCAGAAAGUCAAAUUUGUGGAAAUUGAAUCUGAAACUAAGUCCAACAUCGACUGCAGAUGAAGGUUCAACAUCAACUGUAGAACCGAAAACUGUAAUAGCCAAAAAGGGGAAACGUUUGACAACAGCUUCAAAAGCAAAAAGUUCAAAAAAAGUAACACCUGCAUUUGCAACAAGUUCAGAAGACGAAGACACAACUUUAGAACCGAAACCGAAAGGUUCUAAAAAGACAAAAAGUUCCAAAAAGGUAACACGUUUGACAAUAUCUUCAGAAACAGAAAGUUCUGAUGCGGAAGAUAGUCAGGAUACAAUUUUAGAACCAAAACGUUCUAGAAGGACAAAAAGUUCAACAGCUACGAAACCUAAAAGUUCUAAAAAAGAAAUAACUUUGGAACCAAAAAGUUCCAAAAAGACAAAAAGUUCAACGACAAGUCCAGAACCAGAAUGUUUAGAGGAGGAAAAUAAUUUAUCAGCUUUAGAAGCGAAAGGUUCUAAAAAGACAAAAAGUUCUACAAUUUCAGAACCAAAAAGUUCCAAAAAAGAAAAAACUGCAGAUGAAACAAGUUCAGAAGAGGAAGACAAUUCGAUAAUAACUUUAGAACCGAAAAGUUCUAAAAAGACAAGAAGUUCAACAAAAACUUCAGAACUAAAAAGUUCCAAAAAGGAAAGAACUGCAGAUGCAACAAGUUCAGAAGACGAAGACAGUUCAGUAAUAACUUUAGAACCAAAAAGUUCAGAAACAAGAAGUUCCAAAAAGACAAAAAGUUCAAUAACUUCAGAACCAAAAAGUGCCAAAAAAGAAACAACUGCAGAUGCAACAAGUUCAGAAGAGGAAGUUCCAAAAAGUUCUAAAAAGACCAGAAGUUCAACAACUUUGAAACCAAAAAAUUCCAAAAAAGAAACAGUUUUGGAAGCAAAAAGUUCUAAAAAGACAAAAAUAUUAACAAAAAUUCCAGAACCAGAAGGUUCAGAAAAGGAAAACAUUUCAACAGCAAAUUCAGAAUUAAAAAGAUCUAAAAAGACAAACAGUUUAACAACUUUAGAACCAGAAAAUUCAGAAAAGGAAAACAAUUCUUUAACUUUAGAACCAAUAAAUGCAAAAAAGACAAAAAGUUUAACAACUUUAGAACCAGAAAGUUCAGAAAAGGAAAACAAUUCCUUAACUUCAGAACCAAAAAGUUCUAAAAAGACAAAAAUAUCAACUACAACUUUAGAACCAAAAAGUUCCAAGAAGGUAAAAAGUUUGGCAUCAACUUCAGAACCAAAAAGUUCCACAAAACCAAAAAAGGCACCACCAACCAGAGGUCGAAAAAAUACCAAAAAAAUGACCUCAACAAAAUCUCCAGAACAGACUGAAACAUCCAAACCGGAGGAGGCCAUAAAACCACCAGAAUCUGCAGACCAGGAAAUCUGCACUAACCAACCAACACCAACCAGUCCAAAAAAACCAAACAAAUCAAUGGAUUCUGAAGAAGAAGAACUUUGGCAAAUGAUACAAACCACUCCGACAGGAACAAACAAAUCAGCACAUUCUGCAAAACGGAGAAUCUUGCAACCAAUACAAUCACCGGUGCAAAAAUCGUUAGAAUCUGCAGAGGAGGAACUUUGGCAACUGAUACACAGCAGUCCUGGUCACAAAUCUGCAGAAUCUGCAGAGCAGGAGAUUUGGAAAUCAAUACCGGGCAGUCCUGGAGAGGAAGAUGAUGAUUGGAAGUCUUUUCCAAAUAGUCCUGGGGAUGUAAAUGAAUCUGUGGAAAGUGGGGUGAAAAAAUCAGAAGAAUCUGCAGAGCAGAAAAGGUUGGAAACUGUGCAAAAGAGUCCUGGUUCACCUGCAGAGCAGAAAAUACAUAAGAGUCCUUUAUCAGAGCAGAAAGUUUUGGAACCGAUACCCAAGAGUCCUUUAUUAAGGAUGUCAAUCGAUGACUCCGACGCUAUUUCACUAUACACCGACGAUGAGGAUGGAAUUUUGCAAAUCGACGACCCACAAUCAACGUCCAAAAAUAAAAAACGGGGCUACGACACCGAUGACAGCAGUCCUGAUGCCCCAAAAAAGUUUGCAUAUGAUUUUGUCCUGAAAGGAAACGAUGAUGAGGACGACGACGAAGGAAGAUUCAGUCGAUUUGCCGAAACUAAACCACAGUUUGAACAACAUUUUAGUACUUCAUUAAACAGUAAACAGUCCUUAGACUUUGCUUUGGAUGAUAAAUUACCACCAGAACCUGUACCAACAAAUCCACCAAAAAAUGGACCAAAAAGUUUUAAUAAGAAGACGCGUUUAAGCAGACCUGCAAGACGAGAACGUGUUGUCCAAAGGUUGUCCUUGGACCAACUUCGUGAACAAGUUGAAUCAUCCAGGACCAAAAAAUGUAAUAUUUUUGAUGCCUACAAUAACAGACAGGGUAAUGGACUGAUGUUGACGAGUUUUGAAGAUUGUAAUAGACUAAUUGAUAGGCCACUUAAUGUUCCUUUGCACCUGCCUCCACCAAAUUUAGGAAUAAAACCCUUACCCCACAAUAUGUCUACACCACCUUUGGAAAUUAAUUCUAUGGAUCAAAAUUUAUCUGUACCGCCGCCAACUUUUGCAAGACAAAAUCGUCCUGUACCUUUGCUAGCUCUACACAUACCUCCUCCUUUAGGAAUAAAACCAAGUGCACAAAAUUUACCUUUACGUCUACCUCGGCCGGCAUUUGCACAAAAUUUCCCUUUGCAUCAAGAUCUUUUGUCGCCUCCGGGAAUAAAAUCUGUAGAUCCGGAUUUUUCUGCAACUCCGCCAGCUUUUGCAAUGAAAUCUUUGGACCAAAGUUUACCUUUACCUUCACCGGCUUUGGGAAAACAAGCUGAAGAACCAAAUCUUCCUACGCCUUUGGAAAAACAAUCCGAAGAGCAAAGUCUACCAGUUUGUGAUAAAUCUACCAAACCUGUUGACCUUAUAAAAAAUAAAUACAACCCCCAAGUUCACAAAUUAUUUGACCAAACUCCCCAGGAUGAUACCACAAGUCAGAAUAAUUUAGAUGCAAAAUCUUUGGCUCACCAAAGCAUCCUAAAUAAUCUUUAUGGUAGUAAUUACAACAAGUGGACUCUGGUUCACAAAAUAUCAAAACAACAUGCAAAACCCGGUAACAAAAAACCGUAUACGAACCACAAAUUAAAUCCUAACCAAAAAUUAAAUUCUAACCAAAAAUCCGAAAUAUCAUUUGGUAAUCGGCCUAAAUAUGUACCAAAACCAGACACCAAACCUUCAAGGGUACGUCCUAGGUGGAUGUACCAGGACGAAUUUGGAAAAGGUUUUAGGGAAAUUGAGAAAGCUACAUCUGGUGAAGACUUAGGGAAAAUUGACCAAGUUUCUGGUAAACGCCGUGGUAAAAGACCAUUGAAUAACAAUACCAUCACGAUAGAUGGUAAACAACGGCACAGGAAAAACAAGAAACGUGCUUGUGGAGAUUCUCCGAGGUCGUCGAAAACUGAUCGGAAUUCUGCCAAGGAAAAAAAACGAGGGUCUUUAAAUUUAGAUGCACUAGGUGGUGAUUCUGUGGCUGGUGUUUGUAUUGAACCAGGAGAGCAGGAGUCGAAGAAAAAUGAGAAUUUUAAGUCAAGAAGUCGACUCGAAAGUGGAUCUGAUGAACACAUUGUGCAAGAUCCGAAACAAGGCGCAAACUGUGCAUUUGGACUAGAUUUAAAGGUUUCUGAAGACACUGAUAAGGCCCCAAACACUGGUAAUGAUUGUCUCAAAGUUAGACAAGUUGACGACCAACAAGAUGCCAUUAAACCAAGUGACAACAGCAGUCUGAAGCCAUUUGAGGAAGUUCAAGGCACAAAAAUCACAUUUGAACAGACUUUUGAGGCAAUCGAAAAACCUACAUUGGAUGACCCUGCAAAUCCUCCAGCAUCUGAUCGCUUUUCUGCCACCGAUUGCCUUAAAACUAAACCUUUGUUCCAAAAUUCUGCCUCACCAAAUGAUGACUUUACACCAAAUCCGAUCCAAGGUGCAUUUGGACUAGCCCUAAAAUUAAACGACAAUCACUUAUCUGCUGCCUCUGCAAAGACACAAGAAUUACAGUCUUCAAAUAAAUUUAUUCAGGAGCUUGUUGUACCAGACUACGGCCAAAACGAUUUUCCCAAAUCGAUAAACAACAACAACUAUCAAGUUUAUGUUAGCAAUAUUAAACCAAUGGAACAGGGUCAAGGUACAAGCACCAAACGUCCCUGUGAAGAUUCUGAAGAAUCUGCAAAACCAUCAUCGGCAUCUGGUCGGUUUUCUGCUAAUGAUCGACUUAAAACUAUACGAUAUUCUCAAGAAAAUGAUGGUAAUAAAAAUGAUAAUGGUGAACCAAGACAAAAUAAUAGUGGUCAAGGUAAUUUUAAGCCGGUUGAGCAAAGACAAAGUUCUUUUAGAAUUGCUUGUGAAAUUGCGCCUGAUGAUAAUGCAGUGACGCCUACAAGUGUAGGACGAUUUUUUGCCAAUAACAGACAGAUAAAUGACCAACAUGAUUCUAUUAAAGUAGAAAGUGACAGUGGUAGUCCAGUGGUUGCAGGUUGUAGUAAAUCAAAGGAGCAAGAGUCGAAACAAACCCAAGGCACAAACAAUGCUUUUGGAGUAGUUUUUAAGAUGAUAUCAGGUGAUUCUGCAGACUUAGCAAAGCCUCCAAAUGCUUGUCAAGAGCCAAAACAAACCCAAGGCACCAACAAUACUUUUAGGAUGACAUCUGGUGAUUCUGCACCGAAGCCGCCAAAUACGCCUCGAUUUUCUGCCAAUAAUCGUCUUAGAAACAGACGUGUUUCUCAAAACACUAAUGACCAACAGGGUUCUAUUAAAGUAGAAAGUGACAGUGGUAGUCCAGUGGUUGCAGGUUGUAGUAAAUCAAUGGAGCAAGAGUCGAAACAAACCCAAGGUGCAAACAAUGCUUGUAAGAUGGCGCCUGGUGAUUUUGCAGCCAAGCCAACAAAUGCUAGUCGAUUUUCUGCUAAUGAUCGUCUCAAAAUUAAACCAAUUGACAACCAAAAAGUGCCAGGGGCAAACAAUGCAUUUGGACAAGUUUCUGGGACAAAUCGGAAUCCAAACAAUGCAUUUGGACAAACUUCUGGAACAAACCAGAAUCGUUUGUGCGGAGCCUCUGUAGAUUUUGCACAAAAGUCAGGAUCUGGCCGAUUUUCUGUCAAUGAUCGUCUCAAAAUUAGACAAGUAAAUGACCAACAGAAUUCUAUUAAAGUAGAAAGUGACAGUGGCAGUCCAGUGGUUGCAGGUUGUAGUAAAUCAAUGGAGCAAGAUCCAAAACAAAGACAAGAUGCCAAUAAUGCUCUUGGUUUCAAAAUGAGACGUUUUUCUCAAAAUUCUGUUUCACCAGUUGGUGAUUCUGGCAGUCCAGUGGAUGUUAAUAAUAAACUAAUGGAGCAAAAGCCAAAACAACUACAAGGGACAAACCAGAAUCGUUUGUGUGGUGCUUCUGUAGAUUUUGCUAAUAAGACAGGAUCUGGCCGAUUUUCUGUUAACGAUCGCCUCAAAAUUAGACCAAUUGAUGUACCAAAUUCAGUGGUUGCUGGUAAAUCAAUGGAGCAAGAGCCAAAACAAACACAAAGCACUUUUGGAGGCGCUUUAAAGACGACAUCUGGCGAUUCUGCAGACUUUGCCAAGCCGACAAAUCCUGGUCGUCUCAAAAUUAGACGUUUUUCUACAAAUUCAGUUUCACCAGCUGGCGACAAACAUGGUUCUGGCAGUCCAGUGGAUGUAGGCAACAAUAAACCAAUGGAGAUAAAUCAGAAUCGUUUGCUUGGUGCUUCUGUAGAUUUUGCUAAUAAGACAGGAUCUGGCCGAUUUUCUGUGAACGAUCGUCUCAAAAUUAGACAAAUUGACGACCCAAAUCCAGUGGUUGCUGGUAAACCAAUGGAGCAAGAGCCAAAACAAACACAAAGCGCUUUUAAGACGACGUCUGGUGAUUCUGCAGACUUUGCAAAACCGUCAAAUACUGGUCGAUUUUCUGCCAAUAAUCGUCUCAAAUUGAGACGAUUCUCUCAAAGUUCCGUUUCACCAGUUGAAGACCAACUUGGCAGUCCAUCGGACUUUGGCAACAUGGAGCAAAAGCCAAAACAAGUACAAGGGACAAACAAUUCAUCUGGACAAGAUUUUGGAAUAAAUCAGAAUCGUUUGUGUGGUGCCUCUGUAGACUUUGCACAAAAAUCAGGAGCUGGUCGAUUUUCUGUUAAUGAACGUCUCAAAAUAAGACGUCUCUCUCAAAAUUCUGUUUCACCAGUUAGCGAACAACUUGGCAGUCCAGUGGAUGUUAAUAAUCCAAUGGAGCAAAAGCCAAAACAAGUACAAGGGACAAACAAUCAGAAUCGUUUGUGUGGUGCCUCUGUAGACUUUGCACAAAAAUCAGAGUUUUCUGUAAAUGAUCUCCUUCAAACCACUCCGAUUUCUCGCAAGUCUGAUACACCAAUUGGUAACCAACCAGACAGUCCUGUGGAUCAAGGGACAUUCAAUCCAUUUGAGCAGGCUUUUAAGGAAAUUGAGAAACGUGUCUCUGGUGAUUCUGGAGCAAGAUCAUCAACAUCUGGUCGGUUUUCUGCUAAUGAUCGACUUAAAACUAUGAGGUUUUAUCAAAAUAUUGAUGCAUCAGGGGACAACCAUCGUGAAUCUACUAAACCAAUGACCAACAAUUACCAACCAAUUGAGCAAGAGCCAAAACAAAAACAAAGACCAGACAAUGCAUUUGAACUAGCUCUUAAGGUAAAUAAGGAACCUUCUUUUCCGAAGCCGACAAGUACUAGUCGAUUUUCUGCUAAUGAUCAUCUCAAAAUUAGCCUAGCUGAUAGCAAUAAACCAAUUGAGCAAGAUUCAAAACCAGGACAAGCUUUUGGGAUAAAUCAGAUAAUUGUAGACAAUGCUAAACCUACAAGUUCUAGUCGAAUUUCUGAUAAUGAUCGUCUCAAAAUUAGAUCAGAACACGAUUCCAUUGAAUCAGCAAGUUUGCAGGAGACAAAACAAGUGCAAGGUACUAAAUUAAUGACCAAUAUUUGCAGUCAACCAAUGGAGCAAGGGCCAAAACAAACACAAACAAAUGCAUUUGGACUAGGUUUUAAAACAAAUACGAAACCUGUUUCUGGUGAUACAGUAGACAAUGGUAAACCUACAAUUCUCAAAAUUAGACCAGUUGGCAACCAAAAUAAUUCCAUUAAUUUAGCAAGUGAGCAGGAGCCAAAACAAGUACAAGAUGUAAUAAAUCAGAAUCGUUUGUGUGGUGCUUCUGUAGACUUUGCACAAAAGUCAGGGUUUUCUGCUAAAACUACUCCGUUCUCUCAAAAAUCUGAUAAACCAAUAAACAACCUUCAAAGUCCUGUAGAUGUUGAUAACUUCAAACCAACAAAACAGGACUCAAGCAAUAAUUUUACAUCAUCCAAAGAUACUUCUGUUAAUGUAAAUGAGAAUCUUAAUCGUUUAUGUGGUGCUUCAAUAGAUUUUGCAAACAAGUCAACUCCUACUAGCAAUCGUGUCAAAAUUCGAUUUUCCCAAACAGACAACCUACGGGAUUCUAUUAAGCCAAUAAACAACUGCAACACAAUAAUAGAUGUCGAUAAUUUUAAACCGACGGAAAAUGAGAAACGUUUGUUUGGUGCUUGUGUAGACUUUGCAGGUCCUUCAAAAACUGGUCCGUCAAGAUUUUCUGUUAACGAUCGUCUUAGGAAUAAAAAUUUUGGGAAUAAGAUUGAAGCACCAGGAGACGGCUCAAAAUUGAUGAUUAACAAUUGCAGUAAAGAACAAAAAUCUGAACAAGUGCAAAGUGCAAAUGAGAAACGUUUGGUUGGUGUUUCUGUAGAUUUUCCGACGAGACCUGGUAGGUUUUCUGCUAAUGAUCGUCUCAAAAAUAUACGUGCUGGUCAAGCCCUAAAUGCACAAAAUGUUCCUAUCAAACCAGCAGGAAACAAUUGCAAUCCAAUAGAUAUUAGUGCCUCUAAACAAGUGCAAGAGGCAAACAGUGCAUUUGAACAAGCUUUCAAGGUAAAUGAGAAUCGUUCUGAACAAGCUUUCAAGGUAAACGAGAACCGUCUGUGUGGUGCUUCAGUAGAUUUUGCAAAAAAGGCGACAACUACCGGCCAAUUUUCUGUCAAGAAUCGACCCAAGACACCCAUAAGUUUUAACCAAAAUUCUGAGGCACCAGCCAAAGAGAAAAAACAAGGAUUUACCUCGACUUCCUUACAGAAUCAGAAACGUUUGUUAGGUGCUUGUGUAGACUUUGUGCAGCCUCCAAGACUUAGUCAGUUUUCUGAUCGCCUUGGGCCUAGGAACAAUAACAGUCAAAUGGAUAGUGGUGACCCUAAACAGUCUCCAAGACUUGGCGAUCACCUUAGACCUAAAUAUUUCACCACAGUAAGGAACAAUAGCAGUCAAAUGGAUAUUGGUGACCCUAGACCUAAAUCUUUCACCACCAAUAGCAGUCAAAUGGAUAGUGGUGACCCUAAACAGUCUCCAAGACUUAACGAUCACCUUACACCUAAAUUUUUCACCACCAAUAGCAGUCAAAUGAAUGUUGGUGACCCUAAACAGUCUCCAAGACUUGACGAUCACCUUAGACCUAAAAAUUUCACCACCAAUAGCAGUCAAAUGAAUGUUGGUGACCCUAAACAGUCUCCAAGACUUGACGAUCACCUUAGACCUAAAAAUUUCACCACCAAUAGCAGUCAAAUGAAUGUUGGUGACCCUAAACAGUCUCCAAGACUCAACGAUCACCUUAGACCUAAAUCUUUCACCACCAAUAGCAGUCAAAUGGAUAUUGGUGACCCUAGACCUAAAUCUUUCACCACCAAUAGCAGUCAAAUGAAUGUUGGUGACCCUAAACAGUCUCCAAGACUAAACGAUCACCUUAGACCUAAAUCUUUCACCACAAAUAGCAGUCAAAUGAAUAUUGGUGAUCCCAAACCGGUGGUGCAGGACAAAAACUUUACAUCGACUUUGUAUCAGAACAACAAACGUGCUCUUGGUGCGCCUGUUGGGCGGUUUUCUGCAAACGAUCGCCUUACAAAAAUACGUUUUGGCCAAAAUUCAGACAACCAACAGCAUUCUAUUGACAACCAAAUAGACCUUAAGCCAAUUGUGGUGAAAACUGAACAAGGUGCUAAUAUUGGUUUCAAAAAUGUUUCGGAUUUACCUUUGUCGUAUCCGCCUAAAAAUUUGGGUAAACCUCAAGUCGUGGCUAGUUCUCAGGCCGGUCAAGUUUUUGAUGUGGAAAUGGAGGAUGUUUUUGAGCCUGUAGAUGUUUCUAAAUCUGUGCAAGCUGAAGCAAUGGAAUGGGAACCUAUAUCCGAAGUUGUGGUCAUGGAAACAAUUACUUGCAUACGUAAAGACUCAUCAAUCCUCAAAACACCAUCAGUGCAACCUUGCCAAAACAAAUUAAUCUCUGACCGUUUGCACGUAGUUGUCGACACGAAUAUUUUCCUGGUGCAUCUGCACUUCGUGCAGUAUGAUUUGUUGCAUCUAAAUUACGAAAAUCUGCACCAGCCGGUUGUGGUGGUCCCUUGGAUCGUCCUGCAAGAACUAGAUUGCAUCAAAGAUCGCAAAGGCGAGAACCAGCAGCUACAAAAUCUAGCCAGACGUGCCAUAAAUUACCUAAACAAAUCCUUCAUGGAACAAUCCCCCAAAAUACACGGCCAAAGCGCUGUCGACUGCUCUAACCACUUAAUCACCAUCGAUUGUCCUGAUGAUAAAAUUUUAAACUGUUGCCUCCAAAUUCAAAAGACCAACAAAAACGUUGUUUUGUUGUCAAAUGAUAAUAAUUUGAGGACCAAGUGUAUUGUUACUCGUGUUCAGGCGUUUUGCAAAGAUGAUUUGUUGGCUUCUUUGGUGAAGAUGUACAAGGAUGUCGAUGUUGGGGAUGUUAGGGUUGUAAGGUCAGGGCAGGAUCCGAGGAAGUACGAGUCGUCGGGGAUUUCUAGGGCGCCUAAUAAAAUCGUUAGUGUUGAUGGUGAUGUUGAGAGGGUUAAGGAGAAAGUUGUGGUUGCUGUUCAAGCUUUCGUCACGUACAGUUUAUUCCUCGCGGAUAUGCAAAGGGCGAGAAAUGAAGAUAGGGUUGCCAUAGACCCUAAAAGCCCUGCCCUGGAAGCUUUGCCCAAAUUGACUGAACUUUUGAGGAAAUUCUUGGAAGCAAUUAAGAAUGUUACGUUAGAGCCCUUCUACUUCGUCACGUUGCCGAGUUUGAGAAAUUUUGCAAAUAUAAUUCAAAUAAUCCUGAAGGAGAACAAUACGGCUUGCGAGGAUAUUGAUAUUGGCGUUCUGGGGAACUAUUGCAGAACUGAAAGGAAACAAAUCCUGGACAUCGAACAACGCCUGACGUCCGUAAUGUCGACAUUGCAGACAGCACGAGCGAUGUUAUUGUUAACAUAAGUAUUCUUAUUAUUUAUUUUAUUCUCGUACCAUCACAGAAUUUAUAUCUAUUUAUUUACUAUUUAUUUUUCUAUUAAGAUCUAUUAUUUAUUUUGUUAUUUAUUCUUUAAUUUAUCUAUUAUCUAAUCUAUUAAUCGAUAAAUUGUGAUAAGACA